UAUAUUUAGGCGUCUUGUAGUUUUACCAUAUCUCAUUUAAAUUAAAAAGGCCAGAUAUUCUAUUUUGUAUACGGAUUACAUAUAUGCUUAUGGUCAUUAUCAAAAACAACAUUUGGAAAUCAUACAGUGAAAGCUAAACUCAUCCGGUGGUGCCAUUAUAAAAUCAAAAGAUGGAGUUUGCAGAGUUUAUAAAAACUCCUAUGGUUGAUAACGUAACAUUAAAGGAGAAUUUUAAGAAACCAAUUGAAGGCACUCUGUGUAUCACAGGGCAUCACCUUAUAAUUUCAUCAAGAAAUCAACCACAUGAUGAAUUAUGGGUUCUGCAUAGUCUAGUUGAUAGUAUAGAAAAGAAAUUGAGUGGUUCGACAGGAACACUGACAUUAAAAUGUAAAAAUUUUAAAGUUCUGCAACUUGCAAUGCCGACAGUAGAAGACUGUUUAAACGUGGCAUCUUCCAUUGAACAAUUAUCUAAUCUAGGAGACAUUGCUUUAAAAUAUCCAUUUUUCUAUCAACCAUCGUUUGAGAUUUUAGAAGAUGGUUGGCAGGCUUUUCAACCAGAGACUGAGUUUAGCCGUCAUAAAGAAUGUUCUGAUGAAUGGAGACUAAGUUAUGUAAACAAAGAUUAUCAGGUUUGUUCUUCAUAUCCUAGUGUUGUUAUUGUACCCAAAUCUGUAGAAGAUGAAUUGAUAGUUAGAGUUGCAAAGUUUCGACAGAAUGGUCGUUUUCCGGUGCUAAGUUACUUCCACAGACAUAAUAAGACUGCAUUAAUGAGAAGUAGUCAGCCAUUAACCGGUUCUAACAGUAAUCGUUGUAAAGAAGAUGAGAGAUUAGUUAAUUCUAUAUUAGUACAAGGUCGUAGAGGUUAUAUUGUAGAUACCAGAGCUCAAAGUGUUGCAAAAAUGGCACAGGCGAAAGGUGGAGGUUAUGAACCAGAAGCUAAUUAUUCAAGAUGGAGAAGAAUUCAUCAACCAAUAGAAAGACAUCAAGCAUUCCAUGAUUCAUUAAUUAAAAUGAUUGAAGCGUGUAGUGAUCCUAAUUGUAGUAUGGAUAAAUGGUUGUCAAAGUUAGAAUCUAGUAACUGGAUGACACAUGUUAAAGAUAUAUUAACUUGUGCUUGUGUCGUAGCUCAAUGUAUAGAUAAAGAAGGAGCUUCUGUACUAGUUCAUGGUAGUGAGGGAACAGAUACAACUCUACAAGUUACAUCUUUAGCUCAACUUAUAUUAGACCAUGAUUGUCGUACAGUUACAGGGUUUGAGGCUUUAAUAGAAAGAGAAUGGAUCAGGGGAGGUCACCCAUUCCGUCUGAGGUGUUCUAAAUCAGCGUAUGCUGUAACCAAACAGAGAAAAGAAUCUCCUGUCUUUUUACUGUUUAUAGAUGCUGUUAGACAGAUUUUGCAGCAAUUUCCAUGUUCUUUCGAAUUUAAUGAAUAUUUUUUAAUCGAUCUUAUACAACAUGUUUAUUCCUCACAAUACGGUACAUUCCUAUGUAACAAUGAAAAAGAAAAAAGUGUACAUAAAGUAACCACAACAACUGUCUCAUUAUGGUCCUAUAUCAACAGACCACAAGUAUUAAAUCAGUAUUUAAAUCCUCUAUACCAACCUAACCAGGUAGUUUUAUGGCCAUCUGUAGCACCUCAAAGCUUAGAAUUAUGGAAUGAGUUAUAUCUAAGAUCCCAGGCAGAUCCAGUACCAAUGGAAGACAGAUGGAGAGAGGUUGUAAAAAUAGCAGAAUAUGAUAAAGAAUUAAAAGCUAAAGCUAUUAGACUUAGAAGACAAUUAGCAGCAUUAGAGAAAGAAGCUAUCAGUAAAGGAGUUAUAAAACUAGAGGGCGAUACUGGUGGAAAAACUGUUACAUCAACAGAGGGAGCUGUCGGUGGCAAAGCUGAAGGCGCUUCAGUUAAUAAACCUGUGAAACAAGCCUCAAUUAAUAAGACUUUAAAACCAGUAGAUGGCACUGUAGAUAGUAAAAAUGUUAAAGAAGCCGACGGAGUAGCCAUGGAUAAACUAGAGAAUCCUACUAGUGAUAAAACUGUUGAACAAUUAGAAGAUGCUGUUGGUGGUUUGAGUAUCACGUCGACUGUUAAAUAAUUGAUAAAGGAGACGACAAUCAGGGAAAUGACAAAGAAUACAGGGCACGCAUUGUAGCAUUUUUUUGUGAUAUUUGCAUCAUUGUUAUUCAAUGUAUUUAAAGUUCUUUCAAAUUUUGCAUCUCCAAUAAUUUUGAUAUUGGAUUUGUGUCAUUCUGUGUCAAAUGAAAAAAAGAAUGGAUUUCAAUGAAAUUUGGUAUGAUUAUUAGCUCAAUGACAAAACCCCAGGAAGUAGCCCACAAGAAAAUUAAAUUUCAUUUUGCAUAAUGAACUAUCCAAUAUAUGGCUUUCCAAUGGUUUGAAAAGCUGAUGUCAAGACAAAAUUAUCUUCCGUAGUAUUGGACAUGAGGCUAUGGAAAAAAAUAACCAUGUCAUUCUCAAAAUGAUCAAAAUAGUUUGUUAACUAGACAUUAAUUAAUUUGGGAAUUUUGAAUAUUAUUCAAGAUGUCUUGAUGUCUGAUUGGGCAUAUUCCUGGUCGGACAAUUUAGAACAUUUGGAAAAUAGCGUCGGACAUGUCCAGAAUAUACAGGCGAAAUCCCAUCACUGCAUUAAACUUAUUUAUAUCCUUAUUUAAACGCUGUUUAAAGAAGGGUCUAAUCUUGAUUUGACACAGAAUGAUCCAUGUAUGUGGUGAGAAGUAUUGGUAGGUAUUUACUAUAUGUAUAAACACUAUAUUGAGCUCUCAUUAUGGUGGUACCCUAUACUCAUAAUCAUAAACUCCAUAAUUAUAACUCUGUUGAUAUCAUCAUCUUAUAAUAAAACCUGUCUUAUUACAAACUGAACAAAGGGGACAUCCCACUAUACAGUCAACUGAUGACAAAUUUGAGCCCAAGAAUCAAAGAAAGUAAAAGGGAAAUCCCACUAUUUUCCUGCAUUUAAGUCAUAAACUUCAACAUACAUUAAAGAUACGUUCCCGUGUACAAACUGGGUGAUUUGAUGAUGUAUUUGGACUAAAAACAUUUCAGUUUAAUUAAUGUAUCAAAAUUUUGCAUCAAAUCCUUCUCAAAACACUCUAUUAAAAGAAGUCAUGUUUGUGUCACAUGACUUAGCUGACGCACUACCUAGCAACAGGUGCGAAGCCAGAGGAGAAUCCACUGCAUACACAAGACGAUGUUGGUUUAAUCGCUAUCCAUAAAUCAUAAACAUUGAAGCCUAAUUAAAUUCUCGGAUUAUCCACUACCCACAUCUUUUUCCAUGGUUUUUAUCUCUGAAAGUGUUGUAUGUUUAACACUUUAUCAAGUUUAUCAACAUAUACAUCAAGCGCUCAAGCUUCGCAUGCUAGCUUUGACGGAACGCGAGCAGACAUUCCUAAUCAUCGGGCUGCCGAUUAGGGAAACCCUUACAUUUUUGUUCUGUAUGCGUUCCAUGGGUGUUUUUAAAGGGAAUCCAGUAUUUUUCUAGUAAGAUUGGAUAUUUCUACUUUCCAUGUAUACCAAAAUUGCUAUACGUUUAUUGGAAAUAACCACCCGAUAAAUACUGUUCUGGGAAAGUAUCUUUAAUCAAUUUGGAUUUCUUAAGGUUGACUGAUAAUAAUUAUUCACAAAUAGGAAUCUUCAAUUUUUGACUUUCCUAGUAGAUCAUACAGCCAGUUAUCUAUGCAAGGUAUGGGUUUGACCCAUGCUUGUAUGUAACAAAGAGUAGGGUCGCCCACCUUACCUCUUUGUUUUCUUUUUCUGAAUACUCUGACUUUUUCCCCCUGCACACUGUACAUUACUAAAAGAAAAUCUACUAGGUAUUGUUAAACUUUUCAUCUCUCUUCACUACCUUUAUUUGAUUUUUUAAAAAAAAAGCAUAAUAAAAACCUUUAUUUGAUUUUUGAAUAAGAGGGCCAUAAUAAAAACGCUAACAACUUUGCCAUCUUGACCGUAAACGCUACUAUAUAUUACAUAUCAUAUAAAUAAAUGUACUUAAAACUUUUUUUUAUUGUUUCGUUAAUAAUGCAUGUAUAGACAUUGUGAAAAACUUUUGGUCAGUGUGCCAGGAAAUGUUACAAAAAUCAGAAAAACUUAAAUUGUGUAUUGAAAUCCACUUUCACCACUUCACUCUCAUGGAUUGGGAUCCACAGAAUAGCGAUGAGGGACCCAUAGUUAUAAGAGGGGUUGGGAAAACUUCCCAAUGUUCGAAUAAAAAGCUUAACUCCAUAUAUUUUCUUUCACCACCUUAUACAUACUGUGAUAGAUUUUGUGUUUGUUUGCAUACAUCCAUUUGCUAUACAUUCAAAUCACGAGCAUUGCUAUUUGACAAAUGGUUAUUUUGUUGUAAUUUCUAUAUGUACCUUUAUACCUUAAUAGUUUUACACAAAUUCAGAAAAUUUUGAUGAAUAGACUGAAACAAAAUGAAAAUGCAUCAUUGAUUGUGGACUGAUUGUCAAUCUUGUAUGAGAGAUACACUUUAAUCUUGCAAUUCUGAAUGUAACAACAUCAGAUUACAACGAUAACAUGUGAGAAUCAUGUUUUUACCAUUGCAUAAAUGCUUCACAAAUAAAUUCUCUCAAACACAAAUAAAUUGAUUUCAAUCAAACUGGAUUGAUGAACAUCAUGAUUUUAUUGUGCUUGCGUGUGUGUUAAGGUACUUAUUGUCGAUCAAUGCCCCACUUGUAUUAAUGUCUGGAUGAGAAAUCUACCUAUUGGAUGAAGGUUAUCCAUACUCAAGAGUUAAACUUGCUAUGCAUAAUUUGUGUUGCUGUAUAAUAUUUCUCAUAAUUUUUUAUUUAUGCCACAGUUAGACUCAUUCCAAUGGAGUGCAUUUUUAUAUUUAUUGCAAGUGUAAUUAGUCCAUAUUUUUCAUUUUUUUGUUGUUGUUUAUAUUAACACUACAGUAAGAUCUAAUAACAUCUUUAAAAAGUUUGCGUUCAACAAGCCUGACUAGAUCUUUCAUUUAGCCUAUGAAAAGAUGCUUUUCCUUUGGUAAUGAAUAGUUGGAGCCAAUCACUGUGCCCCAAAUCAGAUUUUCACACUUUAGCGCAUAUAAAUACUAACUAUCGAACUACCCCAGUUUCUUGAAGAAAAUUAGAGAAAAGUGAUAUGUUAGUACUAGUACUACCCUGGACAGACUGAAACUGUUGUUAUUUGCAUCAAAUUGCCUGAGAUAUAUGAAUAGCUUUCCCUAUUAUAUGACCAUUUAUUAGUUUGUACAGAUACCACAGCUAUGUGUGUGAUGGGGAGGGCCUUGAGGCAGUCUAAGUUAUAAAGGGUUAAAGAGAACAGAUAAUCGUUAAGUUGUUAGAUCUUAUGUAGAAAAGACUAACAACAUAUCCAAGUCAGAAUAAAUAUAGAUUGACUUUUCUGCAUUCCAUUUGUGUCACAACAUAAGGUGUAAUUUAUCUUUAAUAGUGAAAGAAUUGUUGAGCCUUCAAACUAUGUUCAGCUAUAAUUUUAUUAAUGCAUAUUCUGCUCAUUCUUUUCACUAUUAAUUAAAGUGUUAUGUUCCACAUUUAGAGAUUUUUGUUAUUAUUAAUGUUUUAUACAGCGAAUAUUUGUUGUCCUGCUUUGAUGAACUGUCAAAGCUUUUUGUUAUGAUAUAUGCAAAUAUUGUACAGCCGAGAAUAAUAAUAAUAUUGGUUUGUUCCUUGCAAACAAUUUGAGUGUCUUGCUAUGUACAUGUGAUAUCUUGACUGGGUUAGCUAGCCAAAUGGUGAAGUUGUGAAUAUGUCUUCGUAAAAGAGCAGUCUUGGAUAUAUUUUAGUGAAUAAAAAAAUAUGUAAUUCUGGUUUAUCCUAGUCCUGUGCAACUACAUGAAGCACUGUGAUACUAUUUCGAAGAGUUACAAACGUUAUAUAUAAGUGCCUGGAUAAUCAUGUCUAUAUGAGUUACGUAACCCUGUUAAGCUAGUUAACUUUCAAACAUGGUAAUUGAAAUCUGGGACUGCCCUGUUAAUUAAAACAGGCAUUAUGCAAGAGCUAAAUCUGCCUAUUGUAGAUAUUUCUUUAACUUUUAAACCUUAAAUGUUAUAUAAAUUAUUAAUUAGGCAUUAAUUAAAUUACCAAGACUAUAAUCAUCUCUCGAUGCCAUUGGAUGGCUCAGAUAUUAAGUAGAUUUAAAUAUAUUUUGCAGUUGAUGCGGUUACCAUAAAAAUGGAUAAUCGAGACUUUGUUUAUUAUCGUAACAACGGCAGCAAUGACAAUCGAGGCUAGACUAUAAUUGUGUCGCCGAUAGCUAGACUCAGAGUGAAGUAAUUUGACUGAAAUUUUGAACAUAUUUCCUUUUCAUUAUCUAUUUUUAACUAUUAUAGCGAGAACUGUCUGCUCUUUAUCUAAUGCCAUUUUUACUACAUUUGCCACAAUGAAUGUGUCGUGGCAACUAUCAAUUCUAAUGUAUGCUAAUUGAUCAAAUUACCAUCUUGUACCCAGUUAAAUUGGCUAAUGCAGUCAUGGUAUCAGACAUACAUGACAAAACCUUGACAUUGUGAAGAUUUGAGCAUUCUGGUCUACACGUAUGUAUACUGUUAUUAGUCCAAAUAACACAAAGUUCUUUUGAUUAAAAACUCCACUGUCUCUAAAUUCCAAGGAUUACAAAUCACAAACAAAAGACAAUCUUUAUUUAUGAAAAUAUCUGUAUUUAUAUCGCAUCCAACAUAGAUAAUUUCUUGCUAAUUGUGUAUCCAUAGACAAAGUCAUACUUGAGACUUUUACGUCAGACUAGAUUUCUAUUAUUAUGUGACUCAUUUUUCUAAGAAGUAACAUUUAUAUAGGUAUAGUAAUGUGACAAAUUUUAUUAGUUGAUGUGAAAUACAUUUAACAGUAUUUUUUAAUCGAAUAAAAUUGUUUGAUAUGUAUUUUUCAAGAAUUUAUUAAAUUGUGAUUUGUAAUCCGAGAAACAAACACCGUAAUUUUUUGCUUCUAGAGAUAAUUUGUGACAAAACUUUAGUGCAAUAGAUAUACUCUAGAUUAUGUGUAUAUAUAUAGAUAAUUUGUAUAUUUAUGUUGGAGUAUUAUAGGUUGUUGUCAGAACUGAAAAUAUAUCAUCCAUCUUUUUGUCAUACUAGCUAUAGGUCAUUAUAGCUCUUUGAAUAAAAAAUACACGUAUUACACUCUGGCCUUUUAAAGACUAAUUUGGGGGACUAUUUUACAUAAUUUCAAUAGCUACUGUACUUGCACACAAUAAUUUGAUAACCGUUAUGGGACUUUUGUCAGCUAACCAUUGACAGCAGCCGUUGUCAUACGACUGUGACUAAUAUUUUCAGUUCUGUUCGUUGUUAUUGUUAGCUAUUACUAUUUUUUUGUAUAUUAGAUAUAUCAUGUAUAAAUAAAUAUUAUUGACAAUU